CAUUAAUCAUAUUAAUAUUCAUUAAAUGACCUAGGGAUGUGUUUAUUGUGUGGGUGGCGUUCCUGUCAGCUCACCAAUGGGUUUGGCGGGAUGAGAUUGAUUUUUUCUUAUAUUAUUAAUUAUUAUGCAAUGUAUAAACAUUAAAAAAAUUAUUUGUUGUAAUUGUGGGGUUUAAAGUGGCACGUGACCUGUUGUCAGCCAAUGGGAAUGAAUGUUUUCAUAACAUAACCAAACAAAUGUGACAGCUGUGUUAUUUUCGUGUUUUUCUGUGUUUUAAUCAUGGAUUCACAUUCACAUGUGUUAAUUAGUGUUAUUGUACCCAUUUACAAUGGGGCACCAUGGAUUGACCCUUGUUUCAAAGCAAUUUUACAACAGGAGCUUCCAGACGACGUGAAUUUGGAGGUGUGUGUCUGUAACGAUGCCUCGGACGAUGGUACAGUUGCUUUAUUACACAAUUGGGUCGAUAUUUUUAUUACAAAAAAGAUUACAUUAAAAGUGUUUCACAAUGAUUUGGGAAAGCCAAGAGGCGUUGGUUAUUCCAAAAACAGGGCUGUCGGCAUCAGCAGUGGUACUUAUUUGUGUUUUCAAGAUAUAGAUGAUGUGAUGUUACCUAGCAGGAUAAGAGAACAGUACGAGAAAGCUAGAAAUUUACCUCAUGACACGAUUAUUGGAUCACAAUUCAAGCGAGUUCCUGAAAACUCCACAAGUCGUUACACACAAUGGGCAAAUUCCCUACCAGAUGAAAAACUUCAUAUUCAGGUUUAUACAUCACAUGGUCCUACCGUAAUCAUGCCCACUUGGUUCUGUCAUCGCUCAGUAUUUGAAAAAAUUGGAGGUUUUUCAGAAGAAGGAAAAGGUACUCCUGAAGAUUUAAUAUUUUUCUACAAACACUUAGAUUUAGGAGGAAAAGUGUACAGAGUCAAUAAGUGCUUAUUGGUCUACACCUACCAUCCCAGUGCGACUACAUUUUCAGUCAUGGAGGACACAAUUUGGAGGCUCAGACUAGAGAGACUGGAAAAUGUGGUUCUCCGCAACUGGCAGAAAUUUACAAUCUGGAAUGCUGGUAAACAAGGUCGAAAGUUGUACAACUCAUUAUCAGAGGACUCGCUGAAAAAAGUCAUAGCUUUGUGCGACGUUGAUAUAAAGAAAGUUGGCAAAACUUAUACACCUUUUAACAGUGAUACAAGAAAGAGUGGAAGAUCCGUCGAUAUUGUACAUUUUAAAAACGCUGAACCGCCUUUUGUGAUUUGUGUAAAAAUUAAUCUUACAAACGGAGAAUUUGAAAACAACUUAUCAUCAUUACACUUAACAGAAAAUAUUGAUUACGUUUUAUUUAGCUGAGUGAAUGAAAAUGUAUUUGUAUUUGUACUAAGAAAAAAUAAACCUUGGAUUUAUUACA